AUGGUGGUUGCUACUAACGGUUCUCCUUUGGAACAAUAUAAUGACACAAAAAUACCUCUUUCAAAUCUCUCAUACAAUUCCAUUGUCAGUGUUGACAGGGGUGAUCCAGUGGGAUUCAGUACAUUUUGGGAGAAAUUGAGGGAAGAAGCUAAAGUGGAGAUCAAAGGAGAUGAAGUUAUGAGUUACUUUGGUGAUGCAAACUUGUGUUGGUACAUGUUACCACAAAUGAGGAAUGCAAUAUUAAGGCUUCACAAAGUGGUUGGGAAUGCUAACACAGAAGAUAAGUAUAUAGUGUUAGGGAAUGGUUCUUCUGAAGUUUACUUAGCUCUUUUGUAUGCACUCUCUACUGAAAAACCCUCUGAUAUUCCCAUCAAUGUUGUUGCUGCUGCUCCUCAUUAUUCGGAUUACGAAGGUGCGACAGAUAUGCUUCAAUCAAAGCUAUUUCAAUGGAGUGGUGAUGCUUCUGUGUAUGACAAAGAUGAACCUUACAUAGAGGUUGUGACCUCUCCCAACAACCCUGAUGGAGCUCUGAGAACACCUGUGGUGAAAUCUGAUGCUGAAGGGAAGGUUAUCUAUGACUUGGCCUAUUAUUGGCCACAAUACACUCCCAUUAAUCACGAGCUUAACCAAGAUAUUAUGCUCUUCACAUUCUCCAAAUGCACCGGUCACGCCGGUUCUCGUAUCGGGUGGGCUCUUGUGAAGGACAUUGAAAUUGCAAAGAAGAUGGUAAAGUUCUUGCACCUAAGCUCCAUUGGUGUGUCGAAAGAAUCCCAAGUUCGAGCUACUAAGAUUAUUGAAGUGAUUUGUGAUGGAUACCAAAAUUCUAAUUCCACUCCAUCGGAUCGUCUCUUUUUCAAUUAUAGCAAAAAGCUGAUGAAAGAUAGGUGGGAGAAACUCAAGGCUGCUAUUGAGAAAAGCAAGGUUUUUACCUUGCCCAAGUAUCCAACCGCCUAUUGUCACUUCACUAAGGAAAUAACCGAGCAGUACCCUGCUUUUGCUUGGUUGAAGUCUGUGGAGGGCAUAGAAGAUGGGGAGAGUUAUUUGGAAAAACUGAAGAUUCUUACAAGAGGAGGGAAACAAUUUGGUGUCGAUCCGACGUAUGUUAGGAUAAGCAUGAUUGGCACAGAUGAUGAGUUCAUUGAAUUGGUCACAAGGUUGGCAAAUGCUAAAAUAGAAUGA